AUGUCUUGGGCUAUUUGGACAAAAAUAACUGCCCUAUUCAACUGCAUAACAGGCCAUUUAAGAUGGUACAGCCCAAAUAAGCAACAAAUAACCCACCACGUCCACACAAUAACCCACCAACUAAACACCUCUGAAUCAAAUAAUGUCAAGAAACUAUUCAUCUUCCCCCUCCGCUUCCUCCUCCCAGAAACCAUCCUAGAGAAAGGCUGGAAUAUACUAUGCAAAUCCUUCGGACCGCUCGAGAGCAUCGGCGAUCCCAUCAUCAGCACCGGAUGGCUCCUAACAACAGUCAAAGUCCCGCUACAAUUCCAGCGCACCGAGUUCGGCAUGAACCUUCUACUGUCUCCCUGGGGUGGACUUUUAGGAUUAAACUUCCUUUCGCUAAACAAACUCGGUCUUGGUCCUGGAUGGCAAGCGCCGGCAUACGCAGACCCCAACGCGCGAGAAACCGAGAUGACGCUCGGAAAGGGAAGACUCAAAGUCGGCGCGACACUUUGUCUACCAAGUACAGCUACAAGCCAGAAAGAGCUGGAGUCCAAAUUCCCCUGCGUGAUAUUCAUCGGCGGAUCUGGACCAGUAGAUCGGGACUCAACAGUCGAAGAAAACAAGCCGUUUAAAGACAUUGCACUGGGUCUAGCGAGUCACGGCAUCGCCUCGAUCAGAUUUGAUAAAGUGGCAUUCACGCAUCGAAAGGCAUUUGCAAGACAUAAGGGUAUAACCCUAACAGAUGAAUAUGUCGAACAUGCUACCGACGCUGUUAUUCAGGCCCAGUCGCACCCGAGGAUCCGUGCAGAUGGCAUAUAUGUCCUGGGUCAUAGCCUGGGCGCGGUUGUUGCGCCUAGGAUUGCCUGUAUGGACGGUGUUUCUGGAUGCAUUAUCAUGGCUGGGCCUGCAGAGCCGAUAUACUGGUCUUUUGUGCGGCAGCUGCGGUAUAUAAAGUCACUAGAUGGGCCGGAGUCACUAUACCUGGGUAAACAGAUUGAAGAUGCGGAGGUGCGCGCUGGAGUUGCGGAUGGUGAGGAGCUGACGAUGGCAACGCCGGCAAAGAAACUGCCGUUUGGGAUUGGAGCUGCGUAUUGGCUUGACUAUCGAAGGUUUGAACCGAUUCGGACUGCUGGGUUUAUUGGGAAGCCGGUUGCUGUGUUCCAGGGGGAGAGGGAUUAUCAGGUUACCGUGGACGAUUAUGAGGUUUGGUGGGAGGGUUUGCGGGGGAAGGAAGACAUAAAAUUUUACUUGUAUAAAGGGUUAAAUCAUCUUUUUGUUUCUGGGAGUGGGAUGUCAACGCCCUUGGAGUAUAGUGUUCCUGGGAAUGUUGACAAGCCGGUUGUGGAUGACCUUGCAUUGUGGGUGUCCGGCAAUAAGUAA